GGAAAAAGCGCCCGUGCUGGGGAACGAAAAGAAGGAAAGAAAGAAAGAAGACGAGCGCGAGAGGGCACUUUCAUUUUAUUUGGACCCUUGGAUGCCCAUUGACGGAUGCUUGAGACCUGCAAGUAAUCUUCAGAUCAUAGCAGAACUGUAAGGCCCUUUGUAUGGGAAGGAGAUAGUCCGUGUGCUGUGGAAAUGAACGGGGAGCAGCAGCUUGAUGCAGGUAUUGGUUUUGAUGCUGGGUCUGGUGUGGAAGAAGUGGAGUUAAGCUGGGAAGAUUAUCUAGAAGAGACGGGGUCCACAGCAGUUCCCUAUGGAUCUUUUAAACAUGUGGACACACGUUUGCAAAACGGAUUUGCUCCUGGAAUGAAACUGGAGGUGAUUGUGAAAAAAGAUCCUGAAAUCUACUGGGUUGCCACCAUCAUUACCACCUGUGAGCAGCUGCUCCUCCUCCGCUACGAUGGCUAUGGAGAGGACCGGAGAGCGGACUUCUGGUGUGACAUCAGGAAGACUGACCUUUACCCCAUUGGGUGGUGUGAGCAGAAUAAGAAGACCCUCGAAGCCCCGGAAGGCAUCAGAGACAAGGUGUCUGACUGGGAGGAGUUCCUGCGGCAGACUCUGAAGGAAGCGUGUAGUCCUCCUGUCCCGCUGCUAGAGGGCCUCCGUAACGGGAGGAAUCCUUUAGAUCUCAUUGCUCCAGGUUCCAAGCUAGAAUGUCAAGCUUUCCAGGACACUCUAAGCACUUGGAUUGUUACUGUAGUAGAAAACAUUGGGGGAAGGCUGAAGCUACGUUAUGAAGGACUUGAAAGUUCUGACAAUUUUGAACAUUGGUUGUAUUACUUGGAUCCAUUUCUUCAUCACGUUGGUUGGGCAGCUCAACAAGGAUAUGAACUUCAGCCCCCAUUAGCCAUCAGGCAUCUGAAAAAUGAAACUGAGUGGCAAGAGAUCUUGGCCAAAGUGAAAGAAGAAGAGGAAGAGCCAUUACCAUCUUACUUAUUUAAGGACAAACAAGUGAUUGGUACACAUUCAUUCUCUGUAAAUAUGAAAUUGGAAGCUGUGGAUCCCUGGUCUCCUUUUGGGAUCUCUCCUGCUACAGUUGUUAAGGUUUUUGACGAGAAGUACUUUCUGGUGGAAAUGGAUGAUUUGCGAUCAGAGAAUCAUGCAAGGCGAUCCUUUGUGUGUCAUGUCGACAGUCCUGGUAUUUUCCCUGUGCAGUGGAGUCUGAAGAAUGGUUUACACAUCACACCCCCUCCUGGCUACCCUGGCCAGGACUUUGAUUGGGCCGACUACCUCAAACAGUGUGGUGCUGAAGCUGCUCCCCAGAGGUGCUUCCCUGAGUCAGUUUCUGAGCACGAAUUUAAGGAGCACAUGAAGCUUGAGGCGGUGAACCCCCUUCUCCCCGAGGAAGUGUGCGUGGCCACCGUCAGCGCCGUGCGCGGCUCCUACCUGUGGCUCCAGCUGGAGGGUUCUAAGAAGCCUAUACCUGAAUGUAUAGUGAGUGUGGAAUCCAUGGAUAUAUUUCCUUUGGGCUGGUGUGAAACCAAUGGCCAUCCCCUCAGCACUCCUCGUCGAGCACGAGUCCACAAACAAAGGAAAAUUGCCGUGGUUCAGCCUGAAAAACAAAUGCCAUCCUCGAGGACUGUCCAUGAGGGCCUGAAGAGUCGGGAGCUGAACUCCACAGACUCUGUUAUGAUUAAUGGAAAAUAUUGCUGUCCAAAGAUAUACUUCAACCACCGUUGCUUCUCAGGGCCAUAUCUUAAUAAAGGAAGAAUCGCUGAGCUGCCUCAAUGUGUGGGACCUGGAAACUGUGUUCUGGUCCUCAGAGAGGUCCUCACCUUACUUAUCAAUGCAGCUUACAAACCCAGCCGUGUCCUUCGGGAGCUGCAGCUGGACAAAGACUCUGUGUGGCAUGGAUGUGGGGAAGUCCUCAAAGCCAAAUACAAAGGAAAGAGUUAUCGGGCUACUGUUGAGAUAGUGAAAACAGCAGAUCGGGUGACUGAAUUCUGCCGGCAAACCUGUGUCAAACUGGAAUGCUGUCCCAAUCUGUUCGGUCCACGGAUGGUUCUGGAUAAGUGUUCUGAGAACUGCUCUGUACUUACAAAGACCAAAUAUACACACUAUUAUGGGAAGAAGAAAAGUAAAAGAAUUGGGAGGCCGCCUGGUGGGCACAGUAACUUAGCAUGUGCCCUGAAAAAAGCCAGUAAGAGGAGAAAGAGGCGGAAAAGUGUUUUUGUUCAUAAGAAGAAACGCUCCUCUGCAUCUGUUGAUAAUACCCCGGUGGGCUCUCCUCAGGGAAGUGGGGGUGAAGAUGAGGAUGACCCCGAUGAAGGAGAUGACGAUUCUCUAAGUGAGGGCAGUACUUCUGAGCAGCAGGACGAGCUACAGGAAGAGUCAGAAAUGUCAGAAAAAAAGUCAUGUUCCUCUUCUCCCACCCAAAGUGAGAUAUCCACAUCACUGCCUGCAGACCGACAAAGGAGGAAAAGGGAGCUCCGGUCUUUUUCGUUUUCUGAUGAUGAGAACAAGCCUCCUUCACCAAAGGAAAUCAGGAUUGAAGUUGCUGAAGGGCUGCACCUGGACAGUAACCCCCUGAAGUGGAGUGUGGCGGAUGUGGUGCGGUUCAUCAGAUCCACCGACUGCGCUCCAUUAGCAAGGAUAUUCCUAGACCAGGAAAUUGAUGGGCAGGCCCUGCUGCUCCUUACCCUUCCCACCGUUCAAGAGUGCAUGGACUUAAAAUUAGGCCCUGCCAUCAAACUUUGCCAUCACAUAGAGAGGAUCAAGUUUGCUUUUUAUGAGCAGUUUGCCAACUGAGGACAACCAAAGUGAGCUGUAUCUUUGAAGCACAAAUGCAGCAAACCCUUCGCCUGCUCUGUGAGUGGAGCUGAAACAGCGCUGGGGCUCUGGGCCCUGCAGGUGUCGGCUUGCUCUCUCUGCACUUUCAGGGAAGGAGGUCCCACAGUGAGGAAGCAAACACUGCACAGAAGUGGCUCUCCUGCCAGUGGAAAGGGGAGCAUCUCUCAUUCAGCAGAUGGCAGUUUUAAAAAAAUGAAGUUGUGAAGAAACGACUCUUAUAGAAGAAUGAGCAUUUCCAGUGGAGUGGCCUAAAGGAAGACUAAUUUAGGCUGCUGGGAAACACCCUUUGGUGGUUUUCUUUUUGUUCUGUCCCUUCCCAUUGUAGAUUGAACUUUGUUCUCUGCUUCUCUUUCUUGGAAAGAGAGGACCUAGCUUUAAGUCAGCACUGAUUUGAGACUGCACCCAAGGCGAACCAGUGCUUCCUUGUCAUUGUGUUUUUUGAGCUAUUUUAAAUUAAAACAGUUUCUUUUGGGGA